UAAGAAGUCAGUCCGUUUUUUUCUCUCCCUCGCCGCUGCCGGGUAUAAAAGAAGUCUGGACGCUGACCGUUCCAUCAGUAGUUUUGGCUAGUUCGCCCUGAUUUCAUCACAAGAAACAACUUGCUCCCACCACCUCCCACCUGAAAACAUGAAGGUUUUGGUUGUCCUUUCCGCCUUGGUCGCGGUCACUUGCGCCCACACUUUGGGUCGGAACGCAGGAGGGUUAGAGACCGUGUACGAUUCCCAACGUGACGGUGUGAACCACCCCUACGUCCAGUACGACUCCAGACGGGAUGGUGCCUCUGGAAAGCAGAUGACUUACCAGAACGACGCCUCUCUCCAAACCGUUUACGACUCCAAGAAGGACGGCGUGAACCACCCAUACGUCGUCAGCGACACUCGUCGUGACAACUCUCGCGCCAUGAAGCAGACGCCCACCAACACGUUUGCUGGACACCAACAACCCCAACGACAAAUGAAUUAUCAACACCAACAAGUCCAGCAACAACAACCCAUGUACCGUCAACAGCGACAACCGGUGCAACAACAAUACCAACCACAAAUGUACCAACAACAACAGCCCAUGAUGAUGCAGCAACAACAUGGAGGACAGAGGACAAUGAUGAACAAUAAGAACGCGGGGGGCGACUACUCCAACUACGAGGUCAUCUAUGACUCCAAGAGGGACGGACUUAACCAUCCAUUCGUCAUCUACGAUUCCAAACGAGACGGACAAGAUUCUCCACUCCGAUCCAUGUACGCCAACGACCCAACUCUCGAGACCAUCUUCGACACCAAGGUCCACGGCUGGGCGCACCCUUGGGUCCUCUACGACUCCACCAGGGAUGGGGCACGAAACAACUAUUAAAAAUUUUUCAUAAAUUCUCUUGUUAUCUUUUUUCUAAAGAAAUUAUCCGUUGUCACAUUCUGUUCUAAGAAAAAUUGUUCAAAAGACAUGUUGUGAAAUCAGGAUCAUCUUUUAAUUAUGCUGAAAUUAAAUUGAAAUACUAUCAAUUCAAAAAAUA